AUGCUGUACCUGAAAUCGAAGAUCCUCCACCGUCCUUCAGAUCUGGCGUUUGGGACUACUUUGGGUUUCGAGUUAAGUAUGACCCUGAUGGAAAGCGAGUCGUGGACAAAAACACAACAGUAUGUCGACCUAGCCGCAGGCACCACAGAAGCAACCACCGCCGCAGAGACUCAAGCAGCAGACUCAUCAGAUUCAUCAUCAGCAUCUCCACCAGAGAAGAAGAAGUCAGCCAUGAAGGAGUUGUUCGGAGAAUGGUUCAUGGCCCAGGAGCCAAGGACCAGGUCUGCAGACGAAGUGGCAGAGGAGGAGAUGAACUUGUACAGGUUAGCGGACUGCAUUCCCACAGAUGGUAACCCACUCAGAUGGUGGAAGAAACAUCACAGCUCGUACCCUCACCUUGCCAUGUUGGCACAGCCUUACUUGGCUGUUCCUGGAACCUCUGUCCCCAGUGAGAGAGUGUUUUCCACAGCAGGUGACAUUGUCACAGCAAGUAGAUCUGUACUGUCAGCAGAAAAUGUGGACAUCCUCAUUUUUCUGAAGAAAAACUUGAAAAUUGAGUAAAACUGUUUUUUUUGAGGUGGUCCUUUUAUUUAAGUUGUUUAUGUUUUACAUGCAGCUAAGUGUACUAGUAGCACUCCAGAAGAUGGGUGAGGUGUAGCUCCAUCAGAGAGUGAUUUAUUUUAUAGGGACCUGUUUUUGUUUAAUAUGCUGCUGAGAAUAUACCCCAGAAGAUGGGUAUGGUAUAGCUUUUAUUCUGUAAGGAGCAAUUUAUUUGUUAUAUAUACUCUGCUGCUAAGAAUGCACCACAGAAGAUGGGUGAUUUCUCCAUCAGAUACAUUUCUUUUUUAUUAUUAUUAUU